UCAUUUGCUUCACCACACGGGCCAGUGACGUCAUGCAGCCUUGCACGGCAACGUCACAGACACACUGUCCUGUGACAGCAUUGGAGGACUGCACUUACCCGUGACAUCAUCACACUUCCCAUGACAUCACAGAGGCAAAGCAGACGAUGACGCACAUUGUCAAUGACUGCUUGCUGACUAGGUUCUGCAGUGGCCUAGAAGAACUGCAUCACACCACUGAAGAUGCCUUCGCUUGGCUAGACGACUAUGUACACGCUAAAUAAAUAACAGAAGCAUUGUGUCACUACACUGCUCUGUCACAUCAGCGCACUAUCCAGCAUCACAUCCAGCCUUUCCCGUAACACAUCGCUACUGCCCCAACCUCAGGCCAAGCCAGAAUGUGCCAGAGGAUGUUGCAUGAGGAAGGUGCCACGAUGCAGCAGUACAAAUGCACCCUGACCUCACGUGUUGCACGAAGAUGUCAUACUGUGAUGCAUAUCUCCAAUGGCAUUCCCCUGCUAAAACUGGGCCAUCCUGGAAAAAUUGGGAGAUGGCGGCAACUGAACAUCUGCAACUGCAUCUCUUAAAUAGGGAUCCUCUUUUUCCUCCACCUAAUGAGACUGCAGACCUUCCACUGCCAAAUUUAACACCAAGGCAUCAAGAACUUAUUCCUACGCCCUGUGGCCCUAUAAAACCUUGGUCAGAAUUAUCCUCUCCUGUCAAGAUCUACUUCUGUGUAACUAUCCUCUCUCUGCUGAGUGUAAUAGGAAUAACCACAGAGACCCUCUUUCAACAGACUCAUGAAGAUUUCACCAUUUCUCUUAUACAGUUAAUUGGAGUUGUGUUCUGCGUGUACUAUGUAACCAGAGGGAUCCUGCAGGAGAAUCGCCAAGAGCUCAUUGUCUUCGUUCUCUCCAUCUUGCUGGUGAUGUUUCGAUCCGUUGUCAACUUCACAGUUGUCUCUGCUAAACAAAAGCCAAACGUCCUGGCCCGCUUCAUUCUGAUCCUCUUGGUUGGAUCCUUUGACGUGAUCUGCGCCAUCAUCCUCAUUCAGAGUCAAAGCAUGAUGGCCUUCCGAGUGGGCGGGGCUCUAGAAAGCCUCCAGUCACAGUAUUUUAUGCUGAACCUCUGUUUUUCCAUGUUGACCUUUGAUCUUCAGGCACAGCUCUGCCUUUGUGCUCUGCUGCUAACGAGUCUGGAUAAAAUCCCCCUCUUGCAUAGCAUCAUCCUAGCAAUUGGCGUCUUCUGGGCUUGCCUGAAAGUGACCGUGGGCAUCAUCGCAAUUUUAAAAGAGCUAAAACCUCUGGUCUGGAUUUUUCUGAGUCAGAACAUACCAGAAGUGGCUAAUCUCGUCUACCUGCUCUACAUGGUAACUCAUCAAGUGAUAAGUCACUGGGGCCAGGAACUUUCCUACGCCCUGGAAGCUGCCGUCAUCAUUGGCUCUUGCAUCUCCGUCGCAAUAAAAUCUGUUCUGUUCUGGGCACUGCUCCAUGUCUAUCGCAGCUUUGGACAGGGGCUGAGAGAGAGAAUGUUUUCUUCCUAUGGAAGGAUUGACUCCUGAGGGGCAGCAACCCUGUUCGGUCCCAUUUGGUGCUCUUAUAGAGUGAAACCACAGCGGGAAGGAUCACAUCCCUCACCCUGCCUAAAAAGCAUGAGACGACGGGGUCCAUUUCACUGGGGGUUUAUUCGGAACACUCAUCCCAACCUGGGGAAUUCAAGCGCUUCGCUUCUUUGGUCCUCCCAUUUCACGGUUUGGUCUCUACACAUUCCGUAGUUUGCGUUGUGCUUUCUCAGGUCCAUGUGUCCAAGCAGUUGUGGCUGUGCAGCUGAUAACUCUUUCCAGAGCCCUCUCUGCUUUCCAGACUAACGCCACCCCUUCCAUUCCACCGUUGCUCUUGCUGACAGGAUAGCACAUCUUGCAUUUCAUUUCGCACUGCUGCAGCGACCACCACUUUGUGACCAAAGGCCAAUAAGACGAGCACGUGAGUGGAGGUUUUAUUAAUUUACCACCAUAGUGGAGAUUAAUUGCAGAGUUUAAAAGCAGAGCAGCAGACUGCUGUCUUCUGGCUCUCACAUACACAACAGAGACGCAGGUUUUCUGAUUGAGCAAUGAGGCAUAAGAGUGGAUUGGCCUGCCAUAGUUUCCCAGUGUGGUGUACAGCAUUGUCCCCAGUAUCACUACUGUGCAUAUCCUCUGUUGCACUACUGCAGAUAGUAAAUUUUUUUUUUUAAAGAAACAAAAUGUUUCUAUGAUUAUUACACAUCUCCUGGCUUCUGAUAUGGCUGUGCAAUUGCUUGUACCAUAACAGCAUGGGUAGGCCUCUUGCUCCUCAACUGUCAUCUUCUUAAAUUGAAAUAUUUUUUUUAAAUCCAACUAAAAAUUAGUUUGCAAAACUAAAACUCUGACUGUGGGAGUGUCUAAUGUGCCAUUUCAUAACUGAGAUUGAUGGUUACAUUAAGCCUUUAAUACUAUAAAAAAGUUUGAUAUUUUAGUUAUUGGAAGCUUUUGUUACUGGCUUUGUAUUUUUCAAUAAAGCAUAAACACAG